AUGCAUCGUACACAUUCAUCAAAACCUUAUGAUAUUUUACAUGGUAUUAAUUUUUCUACGAAUACAUCAUCAAUAUUUGCUUAUCUCAGUUAUUUUCCACCGCCACCACCUAUUAUACCCGGUCCACCACCUCAACGUUCUUGGACAUGUUCAGCUCAUUCCUUAUUAUCAACAUCAUGUUUUGUAUCGGACGAUUUAAAUCCUCCUGGUUUACGUACAUUAAUUCCAAUAGUUGGUAAAAAUCAAUCUUCAUCUAUCAAAAACAUAUCUCUUAUAGACGAACCUACGCAUCAAAAUUCUAAAAUACCACCAAUAUUACAAUUUUUACAAAAUCAAAUAACAGUUAUUCUUCUAUUAAUUAUAGUAUUAAGUAUAUUAAUCUUUAUUAUAUUAUUCUUUUUAUUAUUUCUUUAUAUUCAUCGUAUACGACAAAGACAAUUAUUAUCAAAUAGUCAUGCAGAAACUGAUGAUAAUAAUAAUAAUAAUAAUAAUAAUUUAGAAUUAAAUAAUAAUAAUAAUAAUAAAAAUAAGAAAUUUUAUUAUCAUUUAAUACCUUAUCGUGAAAAAAGAGAAAAACGUACAAUGCCAUUAAGAACUAUACAUGAUGAAAAUAAACUAUUACGUUCAAAACAUCAUGAUUCUCCGGUACUUGAAGCUAUACCUUUAACUAAAACCAGUGGACUUCAUAUAAAUGAUAAUGAUGAACAAGAAGAAGCUCUUUAA